AAUUGAGUCAGGUGAAACGAAGAAAACAAGUCUGUUGGCAACGAUUAGCUCAUUUUUUUUCUGUGGCAACAACGAAUAAUAGCGACGUGGUGUUUUCUAGUGAUUCGGGAUAAACGAACCAUAAGUUAUGAAUAAAAUCUUGCUAUUUGCGAUAAUAAAUUUCAUCAUAAUCGAAAAUAUUUGGUGUGAAGUUCGACGCGACGAUCAGUAUCCGCCGCCACAACUUCUAGCCAAAUGGAAGCCCAUUCACGACGUUUGCGUUGGGAGAACCGGAGUCUCCGAAGAUGUCAUUAAGCGAUUUAGUGAUGGGGACGAAAUUUUUGAAGACGACAAGCUUAAAUGCUACAUGGAUUGUCUUCUGCAGGAGAAGAGAUUCAUUAUGCCAGAUGGCAAAAUCGAUUUUGUUAGCUUGCACGAAUCAUUUAACGAGGACAAAGAAAUUCACUUCACGUUCAUUCAUAUGAUAAGAAGGUGUUUGUAUCCAGCAGGAGAGGGCUGUGAUCGUGCAUAUAACAUGAAUGUUUGCUUCAAAAAAGCCGAUCCAAAGCAUUAUUUCAUCGUUUGAGUUGGCCGGUGCAUUUUUGUGACAAAUUCGGAAAUAAGCCAACCAAAAUCCGCCCACCCUUUUUCAUCAUCAACAAAAGCAAGCACAGCAACAGCAACA